CGCGAUCUCCAUUCAGUGAGCUAGUAUAUAAGGACGAUAAAAAGUUGGUUGUUAACAUCAGUUUCUAAACCAGCGAAUCUGUUGGAAAUCUUUCUAUUUAAGACGUCAGGAGCUGUAAAGAAACACUCAAAUAAUGGCCAACUAUUUGUUGUUGACUGUUGUGUUGGUUGGAUUGGUUGCUGCCUCAUUGGGUUCUCCCGUUGCUUCCGAUCACGUUACCAAUAAUCAAGAUCAGCUUCCUGUUGACAUGGACGGCAGUGAAUUCUUUCAUUCGCCAUACCAUCGCACCGGCUUUGGUUACGGCUAUCCGUUGAACAUUCCUUUCCGUACUGGUUAUGCUGAUGUACCCGGCGUACUUCCCGGCUUCCUGAACGGCGUCAUUCCUCAUCAACAUCCAUUCUUUUACCGCAAGUGAGUCAACCGUUGACUGGAGAGCUAAAAAAAGCAAGUACGAGCAUCGUGAAAACCUGAAUUCAUCAUCCACACCCUUUUUUUUAUUGCAAUAUGAACUUCCUCUUCCCACCCACUUGUUUCGAAACGGCAUGCCCUCACCAUUCUUCACUUCCGCCCCUUUGUAAUCCUUGUAUACGCUUCGUUAAUAAUCAACUACGAUAUCGAAUACAAUUUUUGGCAUUAA